UCAUCACAUAUAACUACCUCAAUCUCCCCGGACCAGAAACAAAGUCAUCCUUCUCACCUCCUCCCCUUCCUCUUUGCAGGGAGGGGGCUUCCUAGCUAGGGCUAGCACUCCGGAUUAGCCACUAUCCCUUCCAAGUUCAUGCAUAUCGCUCCAUCCCUCUCCCCAAUGGAACCGGAAUCCGACAUGAGGACUGCCAUCGUCCCUGUCGAUGACAAGAAGCUGCCGCUUCCUUCCUCCGUGCCGAAGAGCAAGAAGAAGCGUGGGUCGAUGAGCUUCCUCCGGGCGGCCUUGUUCAUGUGGCGCAGGAGGGGCAGCUCAAAGAAGAAGUCGAAGGCUGCCCUCCAGAUCGAGGCGGCCACUGCCUCGGCCGGCAUGCUGAAUAAGGUCGUGGGAUCCAUGCGGCCCUUGCACGUUCAGGGCGGCGAGUCUCCUCCUCAGGUUGCAGCGACAGCACCUGCCCAGCCGGAGCCAGGGCCUGAGCCAGCUAAGAUGAUAUUGCUUGCCGGUGCAAGCCCUAGCCGGAGCGAGCACUUUGAGGAUGUGCCGUUGGGCUCCGUGUCCAUGAUGAGUCCCGUCGCCUCACCCUCCCAUUGUUCUUCCGCCUCACCCUCUCAUUGUUCUUCCGUCUCCGAGGGCACGAGCCGCUACUCAUCCGCCCUGAAUCUCCAGGAGCUGGACAAGAAUGAUGAUAAUGAUGAUAGCGAUGACGACGACGAUGAUGACCGCAAAUUCGAAGCCCUUGGUGGGGAUGAGAUGAUUGAUGCGAAGGCCGAGGAGUUCAUCACCCAGUUCUACCAGCAGAUGAAGAUUCAGAACUACAACGAGAUGGUCCGCAGAUCGGCUCGCCGCAGUUGGUAGUCCAUGAACGAACAAACGGUUAGGGUCAAAUGCCCGAGCAGAAAACAAGAUGCAUGGGAUCAUAUGGAGAUGAAGAAGCAAAUGGGACAUCUUGGAAGAAAGCGGGGAGAACUGGCGAUGGAAGAUAUGAAACAACGAUGACUUCUAACAUCUUGGAAGAGGGAUUAUAAUUAUAAUUAUAUAUAUAUAUAUAUAUAUAUCUAAAUAUACACCAAUUAUAUAAUUAUAUAAUUUGGUUUUUUUUAUUAAUUAGGAUCAUCAAGGGAAGGUAAUGAGUCUAACAUGCAUGCAUAUAGCUAGGGGGAGAGAGAAUAUCUCUCUCCUUCUCCUAAGAAUUACCAUUUUCUUCAUUUCCUUGUCCUUUUUUUCGGCUUCCUUUAUAUACAUAGGUGCCUUGUGAUGUAAUUCCUACCCCAUUAUUUAAAUGAAUGUAUUAGUUUUCACAUA